GUCACGGGGACAGUCCAGGUAUUUUGGGCUUUGUCUUUAUAUCGGCUCCUGCUUCCCUCCCGCCUCCCCUUCUGAUUUCUUUUCACACUCGCCCUCUCCUAGCAGGGGCGGGCCAGAGUAAACAGCCUCGUCCUCCUAGGGACCUGCCCUUGCACCAGCUGCUCCGGCAUUUCCUCCUUCCACGAGCCAUGAUUGUCACCUCUCUCUCAGCGCGAGCCGUUACUGUCACGAGAAAAGCAGGACAUGGCCCCGUUCGGACAGGCCACGUAAAGCCCAAAGGAUCCUUGGUUCCUGUGCCCUUUCCCAGGGCAGGCUUGUUAAUAACUGAAGAAUCAAAAUAAUGCAGAACACUAAAUAAGUGAUUGUGCCUGCCGUUCAUAUCUGGGGAGGGGAAUGAGGUGCACUUUUAUGCUAGGUAGUGCUUUCCUAGCUGUGUGGGCCCACCUGACUUUGGGGAUUUAUGCUACCCUUGCCUAAGAGGAAGUUAUCUUUCUAUGCUAUUUGCCAUUCUGUAGGUUAUAUGCUUCCUCCUACUCUUGACACUUGCACCUUUUGUUCUCAGUUGUAAAGGCCAAAGGCUGUAAUAGAUUAAUUGAAAAGUAUCUGUUCACCUAUUGUCAUGUUACAAACGUGUGAGCUGGCCUUCUGUAUAAAGUACUAAACUCUCAAAGCCUCUGUCUCAGCCCUCUUAGGAAAUAACCCAGGUUUGAUUGUUUCCCAGGGAUCACAGCUGAGACCAUUCUACAGUUUAGCUCUUAAGGAAAGAGGGCCAAGUUGUUCCAUCCAGCACACAGAGAAGCGAUUGAACAGAUUUCUGAGGAUAAAGACCUUGAGGAAAAUACUUUUACAAAGUUAAUGAAAAAAUGAUUUCCGAAAGCAGUUCUUUUGUGAAAGGUAUGAUGAUAGGAGGACUCUUCUGUGUGUUUGUUACACUCGUAGGCCAUAUUAAAAUGGGCCAUGGGACUAAAGCACAUCAUCAUGAGCAUCAUCAUAUUCAAGCACCUAACAAAGAAGAUGUCUUAAAUCUGUCAGAAGGCGAGCGAAUGGAGCUCAGCCAUAGUAUCCGUGUUUAUUGUAUCAUCCUUGUAAAACCUAAAGAUCUUGGACAUUGGGCUGCAGUGAAAGAAACAUGGAGCAAACACUGUGACAAGGCAGAAUUCUACAGUUCUGAAAAUGUGAAGGUGUUUGAUUCUAUUGUUCUCAACACAAAUGACAUGUGGGUGAUGAUGAGAAAAGCUUAUAAAUUAGCGUAUGAACGCUAUAAAGAUGAGUACAACUGGUUCUUUCUAGCACAUCCAACUACAUUUGCUAUUAUAGAAAAUCUCAAAUACUUCUUGCUGAAAAAAGAUGCAUCGCAGCCUUUUUAUACAGGGCAUGCUGUAAAAUCAGGAGAGCUUGAGUAUGUAGAUGGUGAUGGAGGGAUUGUCUUAAGUAUAGAGUCCCUAAAAAGACUCUCUAAAAUUUUUGAAGACCCUGACAAGUGUCCAGAACAGGGAGGCUUGAUUUGGAAACUCUCUGAGGAUAAACAACUAGCAGUCUGUCUGAAAUAUACCGGUGUAUUAGCUGAAAAUGCAGAAGACUCUGAAGGAAAAGAUGUCUUUAACACCAAAUCAGUUGGUACUCUUAUUAAAGAAGCAAUGACUAAUCAACCUCAACAAGUAAUAGAGGGUUGCUGUUCUGACAUGGCCAUCACUUUCAAUGGACUGGCUCCUAAUCACAUGCAUGUAAUGAUGUAUGGUGUUUAUAGGCUCAGACCCUAUGGGCACAAUUUCAAAGAUGCACUGGUUUUCUUACCUCCUGAAGGUUCAGACAAUGACUGAUACCUGUUCAAAGGCGGCAUAUGUAUUGUGUAGAACAUGCAGUCAGCUGUUAAUAUACAAUGUGACUUGCAUGCAUACAAGCUGGUGCAAUUUUUGUAUUUGAUGGUAUCUGUAUUUUUUGCACAUCAGGGUUUGGUCAUUUUUAGUUUUAAAGGGGGAAUUUUUUUCUUAAAACACUUUUAUGCAAAAUGUUUCUGGCUCCUGGGGGUAUAGAAUGAGAAAUGGUAAUGCUAAAAUGUUUGAGAGAUAAAGGAUACAAGUUUAUAGGGGAUGUUUGUAUGACUAAAUAUUUAUAAGUGAACUCAAAUGAAUCUUAAUCUAUUGUAAUUUAAAUAUAUUUUUGCAAGAUUUUUUGAUUCUUCCAUGCACUUAAAUCUUUAUAUCUUUCUAAGAUGUAUAAAUAAAACUGAAAAUACAGAUUUAGUAUUAAAGUACAAUUUUAAGCUGCUUUCUUUACACUAGUGCUUAAAGCAAUUUCAGUUCUAGUCUAUAAUAGAAAUGAGCAGACUGAGUUUUUUUCAUUUUUCAGGAAAAUGUUGCAGCAUUAAUAUGAAGAAACCUAAUCAGUGUCAUAAUCAGCUGAAGGCUGCUGUGCCUGAUUCGCUCAAAAAAAAGUUUAGUGACACACACAUUUCCUCUGUUACUUUGUACACUUGCUAGCAUUCUGCAGAGUUCACUACUUUCUGCCAAAACAUCCAUGAAGCUGCAAUUUAAGAAGCAACAUGCAGAUGGGUGCAGUAGACAGAAAGCUCAUGCCAGAGGGAAUAACCAAGCAUGUUUGAUAAUGCUAUCUGAAGGAGUCUUCUAAACCUCAGUGGGGAUGGGGAAUCUCCUUGUAAAACACAUUUGGAUAUGUUCUUCUAAACAGAAUUUUCUAGUAGCUAGCAAUUUCAAAAAAUUAAGAUUACAGUAAAAUAAACUGCUUUCUCCUGAUCACUGAAGAGAAUGAAAUGCUGUAUCUGAAACAUUUUCCUUUUCAUGCCAUAGUAGACAUUACAUACACUAAUGUUCUUCACUCCUGUUAUGUACAGUUUUUGUAUACUUACGUCCCAUCCUCAAAAUGGCUAGUUAGUCUACCUCCUUCACUGUUUUCAUAGAAAUAACUGGGUUAUCACAAGGCUGGAUCUCUUGUGUUUUUAGACAAAAUAUCUAGCCCCUGUGUGUGGAAGCUGUUGUAUUAAAAUUUCACUUUUAUAACAAACUAAUAUUAGUUAGCUAACUGCAAGUAGCACAGAAAGACAGAUACUGACACUCCGUUUCACCGCAUGCAUAGUACAAAUAAAUAGGGAAAAGGUUUGCAAUUGAUACUGACCAGUUAGUAAAAAUUCUUUACUAUUUCUGUGGUUAGAAUACUGGUUUAAUUUUUUUCAGAAGUAGCUAUUGUGACCCUAAAACCUGUUAAACUGUGGCAGAGUGCAGGCAUCUUCACCCAAAGAUAGUUUUAUCUAACGUGGAUUUACAUUAUCAAAGACAUGUUUCACAGAACAAGCCAAAACUUGUGAAAGUUAAAUGUUUGAAAUAUAUUUAAAAACAAAGUGGUGCAGCUGUUGGCUGAUAUUCACUUGAGCAAGUGGGGGUCCUUUUAAAAUAUUGCUUAGAUAGCUCUUACAUUGCACUUUGGAUCAGCUUGUUUGGUGUAAUGGUAUGCACUGCAGAGAGUCUCAAAAUAGUUGAAUGUGUUAAUACUCUAAAGCAUAAGUUAAAGUAAAUUUUAACCUAUUCAAGUCAGUCAAAGAACGUGCUCAUGAUUAAAUGCAUCCUAGAAUAUGCAAAGAGCUAUCUGAGCCUUUAACUAUCAGCAUCCUGGUGGAAGGGCAUAACAAAUGGUGUUCCACAGGGGUAAAAUUUGGGACUGGUUCCGUUCAAUAUCUUCAACUAUUUAGAUAUUGGCAUAGAGAAUACA